UAAAAGCGUGUAAGACGAAAUUAACCCUCGGUGACCUGAAUUAAAAUUAUUUCCUUAAAUAACAUUCUGCGAAGACGUACAUUCUUGCAUGGAUGAACAUUUCAAGACACAGAGAGUGGAAUUUCAUUAAAACUACGGCCUUCGGUUGUUCAUAUUGGAUCAAACAACCCUGUCUGAGGAACAUUUACUAUUUCGGAGCCACAAUGCCAUGGAUACAGUUUCACCGGCCCACUGCACUCCGUAGAGAGGGUGUACGGCUCAAUGAUUGGGGCUAAACCACGCUGACCGAUUUAUGUUCCAACCUACAUCGCUCAAGAGAGGCUCUGUUCCAAUCGUAAGUGAAAAGGCGUGCCUGUCCAAAAUAUUCAACGUAUAGUUAAAAAAUGGGAGGGCACACUUGAACUCGUUGAAGUCCUUUAUGAAGGUAGGCUGCAGCGUGUGUUUAUUGAUGAGAUGAAAGAAGAUGGAAGUGAGAAAUGAAAUAAAGUAAGGGAAAAUAUUAAACAAUUCGAAGCCUUGCCGGGGAAAAACCGGGGAAGCUGUGAAUCGCUGUCGCCAUUGGAGAACAAGCUUAGGACAGCAGCGAUACGUCUGGAUUGGCUCACGAAGACACUGCCAGGACAUCAAAUGUGAUCUGUGAUGUCAUUGCAAGGUGGGGAGGUUUUUGGAGGUGUCCAGUUUAAAUUGAAAGGGUGGUAUUGAAGAGACCACUGUGGCAGAGCGACCUAUGAUAGAGGCAGCAGAGAGGACGGAAGGUAUUGCCUAGCACUGGUCUUCUCUCAGCCACCUCCACCAGGAACCUGUAGCAGUGUGUCCCGUGCCUCAUCACCAGCCUCACACACAUCUUCCCAACCAAGCGUCAUCUGACUGUGUGACAUCAGUUGCAAGGGGAUGACCGAGCGCAUUCAUAACAUCAAUCUCCACAACUUCAGCAAUUCUGUACUUGGGACCCUCAAUGAGCAGCGCAACCGCGGGCACUUCUGUGACGUGACUGUUCGGAUCCAUGGAAGCAUGCUGCGAGCCCACCGCUGCGUGCUGGCCGCUGGGAGCCCCUUCUUCCAGGACAAGCUGCUCCUGGGCUACAGUGACAUUGAGGUCCCCUCGGUGGUCUCGGUGCAGUCCAUCCAGAAGCUGAUAGACUUCAUGUACAGCGGGGUCCUGCGGGUUUCCCAAUCGGAAGCUCUCCAGAUCCUCACUGCUGCCAGCAUCCUGCAGAUCAAAACGGUCAUCGAUGAGUGCACCCGCAUCGUGUCCCAGAAUGUGGGCCUGGCCGGGCCAGGGGGGUUCCCUGUCAACCCAGGGGACUCUGGGCAGGAGACGCCCCGGGGCACACCGGAGUCAGGCACUUCUGGUCCCAGCAGCGAUGCAGAGUCAGUGUACAUGCAGGCCACGUCCCAGCAGAGCCUAGAGCGUGCGUACACAUCGCAUUAUUCCUACUCCGGCCUUUCACUGCAGAAUGGAACCCGUGAGCGCUCCCACUACGUAACCAGUAUGACAACAAGCUACGACCCAGCCCUCGGCACGCAGAAGGACCAGCAUGACCAGGACCCGCCGUGGAUCACCCGCAUCCAUGAGAGAUCACAGCAGAUGGAACGCUUUCUAUCCACUCCUGAGACCACCCACUGCCGCAAGCAGCCCCGACCGGUACGCAUACAGACAGGAGGCGUUCACAUAAAGCAGGAGGCAGAGGACGAGUACAGCAGCUAUGGUAUGGAUGAGUGCACAGGAGACACAGACCACGUUGAGGGUGUGGAGAGUGAGCCGAAGGGUGAAAGCUUUGACUCAGGGGUAAGCUCCUCCAUCGGUACUGAGCCAGACUCCGUGGAUCAGCAGCAGUACCUGCUUGGCUUUGGGAGGGAAGGGGUUGGAGAGGGGCAACAGUGCGAGGGGACCCCAGUGCAGAUCGAUGUCAAUGACUCCUCCCCAGAGCAGAUGCAUGAGACGGAGGACAGGGGUACAUCCCACGGCACUAGCGACAGUAAUAUGUUGCAGCCCCUGCCCAACCCAAUCAUGGCCCAGUGCCUGCCAAGUGCCCCACUCUAUAUGCGUCAGGCCGAAUCCCUUACCAGCAACCUGAGGAUGCCGCUCACCAUGACCAGCAACACCCAGGUAAUGGGCACGGCCAGCAACUCCUACCUGCCCAACCUCUUUGCCACACAGUCGGCCAGCAACAACAAACCCUUCCUCUUCAGCCUGCCACAGUCCAUGGGAGGCCAACAGCCCCAGUUUGUGGCCGUGCCGCCCCCUAGUAUGCCCCCAUUCUCUCAGCAGUUAAUGGUACAGCAGCAGGCAGCGCGGGAACAGCAACAGGCGGCCCAGAUGGGACAGGGGGAGAAGAAGCCCUAUGAGUGCACUCUAUGCACUAAAACCUUUACUGCUAAACAGAACUAUGUCAAACACAUGUUUGUGCACACUGGUGAGAAACCACAUCAGUGCAGCAUCUGCUGGCGCUCGUUCUCCCUGAAGGAUUACCUAAUCAAACACAUGGUCACACACACAGGGGUGCGUGCCUACCAGUGCAGCAUCUGCAACAAACGCUUCACCCAAAAGAGCUCCCUCAACGUCCACAUGCGGCUGCACCGUGGAGAGAAGUCCUAUGAGUGUUACAUCUGCAAGAAGAAGUUCUCUCACAAGACCCUGCUGGAGAGACACAUGGCUCUGCACAGCACAGGGGGCGCCGUCACAGGGCUGUCCGGGGCAGCAGGCGCCGGUGGCCCCGUCUCCAUUCCCAUGGCCGUGCCCGAACCCGGCGCUGGAGUGGUGGCCCUCGCCAUGCCCGUCAGCGGAGGCGCCGGAAUAGGGGGUGGGGUCGGAACAGGAGUGGGUGUGGCUGCGGAGGCAAGCUGCCAAGAAGGGACCACCUAUGUGUGCUCCGUCUGCCCUGCCAAGUUCGACCAAAUUGAGCACUUCAAUGACCACAUGCGAAUGCACGUCUCUGAUGGAUAAGUACAAAUAGAUGCACUUCUUUUAAAAAAAGAAUGAAAAAUAAAAAUGGCACUAGAUUUUUUUAUUUUGGGGCAUGAAGAGUAAUGAGUAUAGACACUGGCACAUUAAGUUUCCCAGAAAGGAGUUUUUUGUUGUUGUUAUUCUAAAAGAAAAACAAGAUGGUGGCCUUAAGGCUUUGUAGUUUGAUAUUGAUCCACUGGAUGGAUCCUUACUACAGGCCUCUAAAUGUAUGCUUUCCUAAAAUACUGAUUUAUGUGUUGAACACUACCGAAAGGCCUACGAAAGAAACACACACAUACACAAAUUCAAACUUACACACCUAUAUACAGUAUAGAUAUAUGUUUGUAUGAGUGUAUGUGUUCAUGUGUGUAUGUGUGUGCUUGUUGUGCUUGUGUAUUUGUAUGUGUGCGUGACUGCUUGUGUGUGUGUGCGCGUGUGCAAACAUUGCCAUGGAAUUUCUAACAUGGUAAAUGUGAUCCCAUAUUGACCGUUUUGGGCACUAUAGGCGUCCAAGCUUACUGUGGUAUAAUUUUCAAAUAAACAAAAAAAAAUAUCUGGCUUGGGCUAAAGAUUCCCUCUUAAAAAAUAUUGUCGGUCACAAGUUUGCCUUCUUAUGUCGGAUAAGAAAAGGAGAGUAAUUCAUUUGACACUGGGUUUUUAUUUAUUAUUAUGGUAUCGAGGGAUUAACAUGCAGCUGUUGUGGAGGUACAAGUUGAUUUGACUAAUUGUACUGAACUUCCUGUGAGUGGGUAUAGGAGUGGUUAUUUGGUUAAUGUUUUAUUGUCCAUGCAUUUUGAUGGUUCAGGUUAAGUUGGCGAAAUUAGGGUUGUUGAUAAGACAGUGUUUGAGCAACAAAAAAUAAGUAAUAUUGUUAGGAGUUUAUUUUGUUUGCAUACACUGCCACUAAUAUCUUAGAAGACUGUUAAGGCUAUAACUUAUUAACAGAAGACAGAAGAAAGUUCUUCUUGACUUAAUCCGUUUCUAAAUUAUUGUUUAGUUCUAUGAGGAGGAUUUGACAUGUGCAGUUGUGGCAGGCUUGAGUAUGCCACCAGACUUAUCAUGAUUGCUGCUCCCACAACUUGCACCAGACUGUUAUCAGCUGUAGAUUACAACAUGAUUCUUCAUUAUUACUAUUAUCGUUCAAAUGAUUCAAAAAAUAUAUAUAUUAUUUGAUAAUGGAAUGAUUGACCAAGGAAGUUUAAGACAGCCGUCAAAUGGAUUACCGGUGAAUUGAGAAUGAUUCUGUGAACUUGCAUUGGACAGAAAUAUCAUCCUAUGACCUAAAACUCUUGUCUACCCUGUUCCUAAGGACAUGACCCAGCUAUUUGAGCAGGUGGAGAAAAUAAAAUGCACUAUGCCUGAAAUCUUAGCUCCACCUGGUGGCCCAAAUGGCAUGUCAUGUUCGGACAUGACAUGCAGACAAGAGAGACACGAGGCAAAAUAAAGCAUGAUAACAUAUACCCGGGCCAAUAAUUAGCCUACUUCAUAAUAUACCACAAUUUGCAGAUGGACUUUCCAGACAAUAAGAUACAUUCUGUUUUCACCGGAUACCUAGACACAAGUGUGUACAGAAUAGAUUUGGGAGUAGGGAGCGGGGAUGCCGUUCAAGUGUCACGUCACUCAAAGGCUCUGCUCUGAUAUUUGUCUUGUUGUCCUUGCAUUUUAUCCAAAAUAAGACAGACACGUCUGCCUGCAACUGCAAUCUAACGUUUUUGCUCAUUUCUUUGAGUAGACAAUUUUUUUUAAUUACAAUGAUGAGAUCGUAACUAACCACAAUUACAGUACAGUCUGAAAAACAAUAUGUUGUAGAGAAAAACAAAGUGCUGCAUUGCAAAUUUUCUUCAAAUGCCUGUGCUUAAUAUUGAAUUGUUUUACUUAAGAAAUUAAAUUCUAUGAUUUUCAUUUUCUAAAGGAAAAAAAGAUUUCUUAAAAGCUUGAUAAGAGGACUGCAUUAUUUUCUUGCAUAUAUGUUGCACUGCUUAAACCGAUAAGUGCACUACUGUUACCAGAGAUAUUUUAGUUUUAGAGAAUAAUAAUCAUUUUUUAUCGAAUGUUUGGUUGUAGAAUUCACGUGUUAGAAUAGCUUUGUUCUAUUUUUCGAUAAGGUAAUUCAACGUUUCUUGGCUUUUGUUAUUGCUUGCUAUUAUAUGUACUUACUUGUGCUGUGUUUGCACCAGCAUUUAUUUUUUAUUCAAAUCCGAACCAUCGCGUGAGCUUCUCUCUGUUUUUACCCUUUUAAUGUAUUCUUUUCAGGAGUUAAACCCUUCUAACAGCAGUUAUCGCACUGCAUACAUUAGAACAGAUGCUGAAUUUUCAUACAAAAGCAUUCAUGCCAAAUGAUAUCCCCCCCAAAAACAAACUUUUUUUUAUAUAGUGUGCGUGGACAUAAAUGAUACACAUAAAUCAUAGGCGUGUUUUAGACAUUUCUUUGGGAAUAAGAGGGUGGGUGGGAGAUUGUACGAAGCUUAUUUGUAAAUUGUUUCACAAGUGUGUGUCUCUUGUGUUUUGUAUGUCUGUGUGAGUGUUUGUGUGUGUUGUAUAAUCAAUCUGUUGUUGUCCCAAGUGGAUGUGUAAUACCUGAACUGUAGGGCUUCCUUUGCAAUAUGCAGUGCAGGUACUAUGAGAAGCAGCUUUUGCUAACCCUCAUGGGCUAACAAACACAUUUGUGAUGCACAUUUACAAAGACAUCUAUUGAUCAAAUAUUGAUACUGGUAAAUACAUUGCCCCUAUUGGAAGAAGUAAAUGGCAUUUUAUGCCUAGUGCUUUAGUUACCUUCCUUCAGCCGGUUGCUAUUUGAAAAGGCAACCUGAGAAAACUCUCCUGCCAGCUUCACUGUGUUCUAUCUUUGUCUCUUUCAAAUGGGAAAAACAAGGAAGUGAUGAGGACUGUUAUUAACAUAGAUCACAACGUUAGGAUAUCCUCAUAUCAGAAACAACGGACCUACUGCACGCAUCAGAGAGGGGUCUUCAUAUUAUGUCGUAGAGUUUCCAUCUGGUCACUGAAUAGCAUGUGGUUGUCAAGCGAAGGAAACAAUAUACACUCCCCUGCGUGUUUUGUGGAACAGUGAAUCUACGUGUUUAAUGUGUCUCUAUACCCCAGCGUAUUUUCAUACAUAUCUGUUUUACCGUUUAGAAAUUAAAGCACGUUAUGUAUGUAGUCCCCCCAUUUGAAGGUAUUAGAAGUAUUUGGACAAAUUCCCUUAUAGUGUAUUACAUUUAGUCAAAAGUUUUGUAUUUGGUCCCAUAUUCCUAGCACGCAAUGAGUUCAUCAAGCUUGUGACUAACAAGUUGUUGGAUGCAUUUGCAGUUUAUAUUGGUCGUGCUAUUAUGCUGUGCCCACUAGAAAUUAAUGGUAAAUAAUGUGUAGUGUGUUUUGGAGUCACUUUCAUUGUAAAUUAGAAUAUCAUAUUUCUGAACGAUUAUACAUUAAGGUGGAUGCUACCAUGAUUAUGGAUAAUUAUGAAGGAAUCGGCAAUAAUGAUGUGUGAUAAAGUUACAGAGACAUAAAUAUCAUGCCCCCCCCAAAAAAAUGGUAACCUCCCUGUUAUUGGUAAUGGUGAGAGGAUGUUUCGGGGGAUCUUUGUGCAUCUGUAACUUGGUACAUUAAUGUAAAAGUGUUCAGAAACAUAUUAUUUUCUUAUUUACAAUAAAAGUGACUCCAAAAUGGCACAAUAAGUAUUCACUAUAAGUAAAUUUGUCCAAUACUUCAAAUGAGGGGACUAGAUACAUAAAGUGCUUUCGUUUCUACACAGUAAAACAGAUAUGUACUGUAUGAAAAUACCUUCAAAUAAAAGGUGAUAUUCUGUACUGGCGCUUCAUAAGACAAUAUUAAACGUUUUAGCUUCACUGUCCAAAUAAAUACAUAGGUGAGUGUAUGUGACUUGUGAUUGGCCAGCAGUUUGUUAUCCUCUGCUGCAGAGGUCUCUAGGGGGAUCAUAAGCCUAUACAUGCUUCUACUCUAUAGCUUCAAUUGCUACACUACGACAAGGAACACUGAAUGGCUGCAUGCAAUGUUCAUUUGUCUCUAUUCUUGGAGGACUAUCUGUAGUCGUGGGUUUGAUGAGGCAAAGUCCUUAACAGAUGGCUACAGUAUGUAAGGGACUGCUGAGAUCUAUUUUGAUCACAUGUUAUUGCUCUGGCAUACAGUUGGUGUUGGUGUUGGUGGUAGUGUUCUGGGCCCGUAAACCAGGGUCUUAGUUUUAGUGAGGUCCGGACUGUUUUAAGAAAGUUGAAGCUCAUUUACUGCAUUUCGAUACAGUUUAAAAAGUCUAAAAUGCUAUUUGGAGAACAGCAAACGUGACCCCAGCCAUUAUCACACUGGUUGCUGUAGCUUCAUUCACCUCAGUCCAUCUCCAAACACAUAGCCUACUAGCGAUACAAUUAGCCGCUACACAUGAACUCAGAACUGGGAUUAAAAACUAGAAUUGAAUACGUACAGAGGGAUAUGUUGGCAGAAAAAAGUAUUUCAUUAACGAAAAGUAAACAAAUGAGUUUGUUUUACAGAACAAUUGUUUUUUCAGUUUUACAGCUAAUUUCCUGCCAUUCUCCACGUGAAUGAUAUCUGAGUGAGAGUGACUAACAAAAUCAAUUGGAAUCCCCCUGGAGUGGCCUGCUUGCCCAGUCGGUAAUUCAGCCACGAUUACUACAAGUUUAGAUAGCUGGCUAGACUAACUAUACUAAUUUACCAAUCUAAAAAUGUGUUACUGCCAUGGCCUAAUUGAGUGACUGUCAGUGAGUGACAUAUAACAACAGGAAAACUACUGAUGCACAACUAAGUUUUGAAAUUGCACCUUGUGUAUUCUACUAUUCUACUAUAACUCUCAACAGUCAAUUGAGACCCCAACGGAGUUCCACCUUUUCAUUUUUUUCCUUCUUCAAAUGUAGUUACAGCCCUGGUGAUUGUCUGCUCUAUGGAGUAAUAUAGAAAUGGUCAACCAGCUAGGCAGAGCAGUCCAGUCACCAAAUUAGCCCCAGUAAACACAGUGUGUACCAUGCACCGUGAAAGCAAGUCCAUCCUUCAGUUUCACAAAACAGAAUAAUGAAUGCACUCUAUGAUAGCCAUGGAGCCAUCACGUAUUUAUAAUGAAACCAAGACCAGACAAUAGCUGCUUCCAAAUGCAUUAUCAGCGAGAUAAUCUAGCACUAUUUUGUGAUUAUCAAGAUUAUCAAGUGAUUAUUUUGACCACUUUGCAGUCUCUUACAGUCAGUCUAAAUGAUGUUUUUGUAAUACAUGAAUCAAAUGCACUGUUGACUGUCGAUGUUUGUCUAAAGUGUGUCAUUUUCUCGUUGUCACAGGUUGUUUAAAAAGACGAUGUAGAUGUUGGUUUCUGAGAGACAGCGUUUCCAGAGUGGAUUUGGGCUCUAAAUCAUCCAUAUUAUCACACGGCUUAUGAGAGGUUCAAUGGAAAAAUAACAUGACAUUGACAGUACUGAGGUAUAGGCCUGUUGGUUACCCAUAGACGGUUGACCUCACUCAUACGUGUGUUUUAAGGCAAACUUGACUUCCAAGCAGAAGUUUAGCAUUAGUAUCAUCUUAUGAUACUAUACAUUGACAUGGCUUAAGAACUACCUAGGAAUUUUUUACAACAGUGCCAUUUUUCCCUCUCCCUGGCCUUACUUAUAACAGCUCUCUUUCUGUUUCAUUCACUUAUUGUACCAGUGGCUGAUGUCCCAUUAUUGUGUUCAAUGAAUAGUCACAAAGUUGUGAAAACAUGCAAUGCAACCCUGAAAUACACCCCUGUCACAAUUGUCCAAUUUAUGUUUGUAAGAUUGCUAUAACAAUGUAUUUUUCAACUAUACAAUAUAUUCACAGGUAUAGAGUUACGUAGAAUUAAGCCUAUAGCUUUUCGUUUGGCGUUUUAACGGUCAUUUUCUUAUAUUUCACGUUUUCACUUAAGUGUGGACACACAGGAUCAGUUUUGCAGUGUUUGAAUCAUCUGUGUGCUUGUGUGUUUCAGGGCUUUACUUUGUCCUUUUUUCUUGCAACCAUUGUGUACCGGUGUAUUUGUCAUUCGUUUUUAGAUAGUGGGCCAAGGAUAGACAGCCAUGGAAGACGUCACAGCUUGGCAGAAGCGCGUAUCUUCUGGGUGGACACAAACCUCUUUUCAAAUGAGAGAUCUUUGGGGAAAAUAUAAGAACAAAAGUAGUGAUGUAAUCGAUAUACACGCUUAGAAAAAAAGGUGCUAUGUAGAACCAAAAAGAGUUUGUCAGCUGUCCACAUAGAAGAACCAUUUGAAGAACCCUUUUUGGUUCCAGGUAGAACCCUAUUGGGUUGCAGGUAGAGCCCUUUCUACUGAGGGUUCUAUAUGGAACCCAAAAGGGUUCUGCCUGGAACCAAAAAGGGUUCUUCAAAGCGUUCUCCUAUUGGGACAGCCGAAGAACCCUUUCGGAGCCCUUUUUCCCUGAGUGUAGUUCUAAUUCUAGAAGGCUUACAAAUACUCAUGCUAUUUGUCCGAACAGCUUACAUCAGUGUCCUCACAUUCAUUUCAUGCGCUUCCAUAGUAUCUUGCAUAGUAACUCAGACAGUAACGAACAGUUACCCUGACAGGAAACCUGCUGGCACACAUUAUAUAGAUCGAUUCCAACUACAUGGUAUCAGUUGAAUCUAAUGGAUAUACAGUACAUACACCUCUUCAUCAACAACACGUAUAACAUAAACCUUUUUGAGAUACAGACAGAACUGCAGCUAAAUGAAUGUGCUUUGAGGGAUAUAAGGAGUGUGCCUAUCUAUCAAGUGCCUAUUUGUACAGUGCUAUACGAAAUCUUCAUAAAGUAGUUUUGCUCUCCUACAGUACAUUUUCCAAAUAUAUACAGUAUAUACACAUGAUAAUCUAUACACAAAUGAUAACAAUAUUUAUACUACUAUAACAACAAUGUUGGUCAUAGUCUUAACACAGUACGUCCUAAGAAAGCCUUUUUAAAAGAUCUUUAUCCGCCUCAAAUCUUCUAUUUAUAUAAAGAUAGAUUUGUGUUUUUAUUUCCUGCUGUCAUACAUAGUUUUGUAACUAAUACAAGAAGAGAAAACCGCUCUGAUAAACAACUGUAGGUACUGUAAUACAGUAAGAGUCAUAGCCCACCCAACUCUUCAUUAAAACAAUGAGUAAGCAUGUACAAUAAUAUCAUAUAGUAGCUGGUCCCUAUCUUCAUAUUUGCCAUUACACACACACAGAAUUGUUCUGUUUGUCUAAAACGAUGUAAUCUCAAAGAGUUUGCCCAGGUCUGUAAGCACACCUAAAUUGUCAUGACUUUUGGCUUAUCAGCUUUAGCUAUCAUUCUUCCGCCAUACUGAACGUCCAUAAUUACAUUUGUUUGUUUUUUGUUUUGCUCUUCUAAAAAACAAAAUAGUAGUCACUAAAACCCUUUUCACAUUUUGUUUUGAUGCAAAAUGCCAACCACAAUCAAAUGUUGUCCUUCGACAUAGCCUAGCUGUUCUCUCAGAAUUCAGUGAUUACGAUCUCACUUAAGACAUCCCAGUCAGUUGAGCACAUACCGUGUGUUUGUUCCCUGCCUGUAGUUCAUAUUGAUAGAUUGCGUGUAUACUUGUGUCUUUGUGCUGGUUUGGGCGAUGAUAGGCAGUCCGAAAUCUGUUUCUGACCUUGCAAUCAAUUAUGCUUCUCUGUCCCUGCACAUAGCUACACGUGCACCUGCAUUUCUGUGCAUGAUCAGUGACACAGAUGCAGUACUACAUUUGAUUCAGCUACUCCAGUCUACAACACCACAGCAAUACCAGGUUAGAAGUGCAAACAAGUUUUACGCGAAGUGGCAAGCCUUUGUCCGAGUGUUGACUGUAAUUCAAAGUGUCCUUAUAAACCAGAAUCAGACAGCUGUCCCAUUAUUAGCCUCUCUUCAGCGUUCUUCUCUUUACUAUCGUUGUAUGAGAGUGUUACUCCCUAGAAUAUGAUUUGGAGAUCAAUCGUCAUCUUUUUUUGUUUGUGUAUCUCUGACUUGAAUUGAUAGAGAAAAGUUAAUGUUAUGUAUUAUCCAAACCCAAUACCCCGCCGCAUAUUUGAAAUAUUGACAUUCCUGUAUUGUCCAGAACAUUCCUAACUAGUCUGGCAUCACUUUACGUGACUAUGUUGUAACAGAUGACGUGACCCCCAACAGCCUUACUAGGACACCAGAUCAUUGACUUUGUUUUCACUAUUUGCUGGUCUGCUGGUUAUUCUGUCCUGGGACAUUUUCCCCUCUAAGUUGGUUUAUGUUGAGUAUCUGCAAUAAAUCCCACUCGUAUUGCUGUUCAUUUAAAUGUCACUGGCUAGCUCAAAUGUAGAUGAUUACAGGUCAGUCUCAGAAAAGCACUGCUUAGCACCUCUUGCAUUGAUGAUUCCAUCAUUGUAUUUGCUAUAGCUUCUAAAGUUUACAAUUGGCUCAUUCAUCCCCCUCCUCUCCCCUGUAGCUAUUCCCCAGGUCGUUGCUGCAAAUGAGAACGUGUUCUCAGUCAACUUACCUGGUAAAAUAACGGUAAAAUAAAAAAAUAAAAAAUAAACCUAGGGCAGAAUAUGCCCCUGCGUACACGACAAUGGUCUGCUUGCUACCAUGGCGUGCUCUCCUGGACCAUGGCGUGCUCUGGUGCCUAUCUGAUUGGGUUUCAUAUGCAAUAUCUCAACCCCCCAACCGGUAAAUGUUGUCUUUUAGUUAUAGAGAAUACUGAGUCAUCCAGAAGCUGUGGCGUUUGAAAGGUGCUGAAUGAAAGAGCCUCAACAGUAGCUUGCUUAGCACCCUUGGAUGUCUUGGGGCUUUCGGCAGGUCGCUUGAACUUCUAACAUGUCCAAAAGAUAGUUUAUGUCUAUGGUAAGAUUAAGUAACAUGCACUGCACUGUAUUACCCAUAUGUUUUUCUAAGUUGGUCCCUCUUUCACCUAAUAGGUUCGGUUAAAACUUUUCUGUCCACUUUCGGCUGUGUUCCCCUUCCCCCCCAUACUUUUGGUCUCAAUCAGCAUGCAAUCAUAUAUAAUUAGUUUGAACAUGCAGAACUUCCAUGACAAUACGUUGCUUUGUGUUGUUGUUGAAGGUGCCGGUAGUUGUCAUUAUUUUUGUCUGUUGUGAUAUGGAUCCAAGGAAACCAUUAGGGGGUUAUUGAACAUGUUGGAUGCCAUGUUUUUGUUGUUGUUGCCGUAAACACCAAAGAAUCAUAAGAAUAUCACAGUGUCUUGAGUUUCAAGCAGGAAUAACAUAAUCUGUUGUGUAAGCGAUAACAAAGACUACCAAGAUGUACGUUCCUGUACAUUUGUACGUGUUCAAAUCUGGCUAGAUGGCUACUGUUCUAUUUUAUUUUGAUACUAAAGACAGGGUGCUUGUGAGAAUGCGUUACUGCUUUUUAUACUCUGAUCAUGAUCGGUAGACUAGUUGAAUAGUUGUGUUGAUGUGCCUACUGUAGACCAAAAUAGCUUUUCUAAAGAAAUUCAGCAAAACAGAAAAAAUAAAUCUGACACGUGGUAGCUGGGAUGUAAAACUAUAGCAUGUUAUUACAUGAAUAAGAUUUUAAAUGUUGCAUUGUUCCUCUGCUUAAAAGUAAUACUCAAUAUCUAUUAGUUAUUUUUUUCUACAUACUCUCAGCUAAUUGAUUUAGGCCUUUCCAAUACGCGCAAUUGGUUUGAUUCAUCUGUUUGUCUUUGUUUGAUUCGUUCGUCUGCUAUUCCAGUUUUCAGUAGUUGAUUUCUUCCUGCCGUAUUGUUGAUUUCAAAGCUUUUAUUCUCUGAUAAACAAAAUGCACUGGAUUGGUGGAAAACUGAUACUAAACUGAAGUGCCAUGCACAAUUUAUCUAUUUGCCUGACUAAUAUUCAAAAGACACAUGUCUCAAAAUGUUUUUUCAAACAUAUAGUGGAAGAUCCAUACCGAAUUUAUACUGUUUUUUCAUACUUUGAGAUGGACCAAGAUGCUAGUUGCUUUUGCACAUAUUUGUUUAUUGGUUUUGCAAUGUGUUGAUGCCAUUGAGUAAAAGAGUAGGAAGAUUAAACUUGCCGCUGCCCAUAACAACCAAUUCAAGUAACGCAAAGAGGCCUAAAUCAGAUUUAAGGGCCUUUUUUUUAUCCCACAAUACGAUAUUAGUACAUUUUGAUGGCUACCCUAGAGCCUGCUACAGAUACAUUCUUCCCAGAGAGCAUUAAACCCAAUAGCCAGCAGACAUUUGAUGAAUAAUUACGGCAAAAACAACAAAACAGUGUAAUAAUAUUCACAUUAAUUGAGUUGUAUUAACAUCUUGUAGAUGUGGACCAAAUUUCUUAUCAGUUGGUGGCAUACAUGAUGUCGAUUACUACAUGAUAUAUUUUCUGUAAUAUUAAUAUUAAUUGUUCAUAUCAAAGAAGAAUGUAACCCUUUGGAUUUUGUUGUUGUUAAUAUUUCACGUAUUGAUGAGGUAUGGCCUUUUGAAGCUUUUUUCAAGCUGGAUGUUUGAAAUAUGAUUAGUAAUUUGUGUCAUGCUUCUUUAGUGUAGUAGUGUCAUAAAGUCAGUGUCUCCCUUGGACAUUGUAAGAUCCCCUCAGUGAUAAAUCAGAAAUUCAGUGUGCUCUCGAAGUGUAGCUAGCUAUAUGUUACAGAAAGCUUAGGUUUUUAAUCAGUCAAAGCUUUUUGAAAAAAAAAGCAUCUGCAGUGAAAUAUGAGGUGCAUUUAUAUAUACACAUGUAUUUAGUUAAGAAUAUUUUGUUUAGGUUUUGUUGCCUGCUUUGGCUUGCGAUUUCAUUAUCUUCCUGAUCAAAUACUCCUUAUAUAUUCAAAUAAUGAACUUGGCAGAAGUGGAGCUGUUGUAGUACAGGUAGUUAACAUCACAAGUAAGCAACCCUGACUUAUAUGCUGCAGUAAUGUCGUUUUGUCAGUUUUCUUUUCUUUUAUGUGUGCUCCAAGUUGGUUUUUAUUUUUAUUACUGUUAUGAAACAACCUUGUUUGAAUUGUAUGACUGCUGUUUUGAAAUAGGUGAUAACGUUUUAUUUUAAAUUUUUAUAUAUGUACAAGGAAGUUUUAUACUUUGACUUGUCAAACACUGGACUGGACUGAGUUUUCCAACAUUUCCAAGUUGAGAGCUGUUAUAUGAGAGACAUGAACCGACUGCACAGAAUAAAGCCUUAUCUCACCCAUUACCUGACAGAUGGCGCAUGUCCACACUGCUGGAGAAAGAAUAGUGACAACAUUUUUUUAAUGGAAAUUGCUAAUUAUAUUUGCACCAUUUUCAUUUAGUUCAAUAAGGUGCUGAAUAUAUCUGCUAAAUUGUUGCACUUUGUCAGGCUUAUAAAAUCUGUCCGUCAUUAUUAUACAAUAACAAUUUCAAAAUUCGCUGUUCUAACGAAAGACUGUUCUAAUAAGUAUAUGCUAAAAUAUCAAAAGGGAUACCACUUAAUAGCAAUUCAAUAAUCAAACUAAACCACUCGGUAUAUGUUGUCUUAAUGUUAAAGUCUUUUGCAGAGUCAACUACCACUUAUCAAACCAGAAAAGAGAUUUGCACUAAACAUAUUUUGGUCUUUGUUGAUGGAAAGCAAUACAACACAGAACAUUUGACACAUACUUCAAGCCACAGUAUUUGAAAUAAAAACGCUGUCUGUGUACAGGUGUAAUGCUGUGUAAAAGGUUAUAUUUUCAAAGUUUUUUUUUUUUUUUUUUUUUAAUGAUUUUUGUUUAAAGGUACAGAAUGGAAACCUGUUGUCUUUGAGACACAUUAUGAACUUGGACACGCACAUAUUGUUGUUUAGAUUUGACAUGUUUGACCAAUCAGACGUUCUGUUUCCUCUUGUAAUUGUUUUGGACUAAAUGAAAUUGCUCUUACAAGCCCUAAGUGAGGGACAGGAAGGAGUUGAGAGUCACAAGAUGUCCCAUAAACAUGCACUCAUUGUAAAAUGUCCUCAUCAGAAAAAGAUGGUGGUAACGGAACAAAGGGUAAUAAAGGUUUAUGUUAUGUAGACAAUAUUUUCUUUCAAAUGAUGCCAACAUAACACAUUAAACUUCCUCCAUGUUAAAACAUUCAAUUUCUUCACUGAUUUACUUAUUUUUCUGUUUUAAAACACUCGUAUGUAAAGAUCUGAGGUCAGGUCGGAGUACAUUUUUCUGGGACAUUAUUGAAAAUGGAAAAAAAGACUACAACAUUUCUGUAGAAAAACACUGAUGGAUGGGAAAUGCAUCUUUCCUCGUCAAUUUUAACAUCAGUUUAGUCAUCCAAAGAAUCAAAGUCCACCCAAAUAUAUUAUAAUUCAUAAUUAUCCAUAAGGAAAUAGACAUCAAGAGUAGUGGGGUGAAAUAUUGUUGAAAUCGAAAUGUUCUCUAUUGAUAAUUAUGAACCAUCAAUCAUUUAUGAUAGCAAUCAUGAUAAUUAUAAUUUUUGGUAUCUGGGAAUAGUAGCUUUCCUGCUAUAACUGCUUUGUGGUGUUAUUGAAAGGUGUUGCAGUUUGUCUAAAUAUGAAGCAUAAGUAUGUGCCUUCUUGUAAUCUCCUUGGUGAGCUUGUUAUUAUUGAGAAGCUGAAGCCAGCCAAUAGUGUUUGCACUAAAACCAAAUUGCUUUUGUGAUGUAGGCUAUUUAAGCAAGCUUGUUGCAUCACUUUAACCGUACAGUAUGCAUGAGGGUGAAAUUGGUAAGUUCUAGGGCUAGUGCUCCCAUCUGUUAACUAGUGCAGCUUAGUGAAUACCCCGAAUAUAUAUAUAUAUAUAUAUAUAUAUAUAUAUAUAUAUAUAUAUAUAUAUAUAUCAGCUUUGUACUGCGUUCACUUUUUGAUUCCAUCUCAUUCAUUACUCUUCUAAUUUCUCAGACGCAUGUUCCACAUUAAAUAACCUCUGUGGAAUAUCCAUACUCUAAAAGACAAGCAAAUGACAUAACAAAUCAAAUACAGCUCUCCUUUUUUAUUUUCAUAUGCCACAGCUGAAGAGCUGCAUUAGUGUAGUAAGAGAUAUUCAACCAUUUCUCUCAAUCCAUGGGGAUGCAUGAGUACAAGAGGCUACUUCGAGACUUGGUCAACUUUAUUUUGAUUGUUUUUUAAAGUUUGUGUUUCUAAGUUAUUUUAGACAGUUGAAAUCUAAGAGAAAUAAAUACCUACAUGCUUUGAGUCUUACAAAUGCACCUUAUUCAUGUCAGUCUGAGUGGAAAAGGCUGGUUAUGUAAUAUCUCUGAUUUAGCACCUUACUACACAGCAUGUUUUCACUAUAUGCCAGUUUUGCUAUUCUUCCGUGCAUAUGAUUUCCAAAAUAAACCUUAUAUAUUUUGUGAAAAUGUUUAAAGGGAUGUGCCAAAGUUAGGAGGCGAUCUCCCGAGUGUUUAAGCUUAUAAUUUUUUUCUUUCUUCCUCCUUCAGUUAUCACAAUGGUAUGUCAAACUUUUCCUAUCAAUGUGUGAAAGCAAGUUAUUUCAGCAAACAGUAUCAUUACCUGCCAUUUUACAGUAAGCCCUGUAUUUCACGUAUAUUUACCAGUGAUGUGUAUUUGUUAUUAUAAAGAAAAAUUGCCGUAAAGCUUCAUUAUGUUACAUAAUAUUGUGACUUUUUUCGAAAAACUGUGAAGACUUAUCUUGCAUAUACUUUAUACAGAAGUAUUAAGCCUUAAUACAAAAUACUAAAAAAAGUGUGGAAGAAUAAACUGAUUGUUGCUAAGUAAGGAUGAUUUUUUGUAAAUGUUACCAGCACUUUUUUUGUAAUUUUCACUCUCUGAGGUAUUGUACAAGUUCACGCUGUUUGUGAAGUUUGAUUAUGAAGGAAUAAAAAAACUAGUACUUUCCUGUACUUCACAGAAA